AUGACAAAUUUGUAUAUACGUCGGUGCCAUUUGUUAUACGGGACGCAGACGUCGCAGUACCCUGCGGCGUCAUACGGAGGCCUGGGUCACGUGCUCGCCCACGAAGAGAGCCACGCGUUCGACGUUGAAGGGGCGCCAGCGGACGCGGACGGCCUCUACCGCUCCUGGUACUCGGCUCCCACGCAGAGCCGCCUGGAGGACCGCAAGCGGUGCCUGCGCUCCGUGUACCAUGUGCCGACCGGAGGCCCCUGGCCCACCGAAGGCGAGGACUACGCCGACUCACUUGGAUUGAUGGUGGCUGCGACGGCCUUCAAGCGGCGCGUCUCGCCUCACGCUCCGUCGGGGAUCGCGCCUUUCACGAACGAGCAGCUGUUCUACGUGAGCUCGUGCUUCAAGUGGUGCAACAGCCAGGACCCACCUGGCGAGGGCGACCAGCGUCAGCAAGCCGUGCACUCAGACAUGUACAAACGCUGCAACGCGCCGCUGCUCAUCCAGGAGAACUUUCUCGCCGCCUUCAACUGCACGCCCAGCGCCGCAAUGCGCCGGCGCGACAAUUGCGUGUUCUCGUGACGCGGCCGACUGCAUCGCAGUUCCUC